UGAUCGAACACGAGAUCCCGGUCGGUAUGGUCCUCCCACAGCCUCUGAAGUAGCUAUAAUUAUGGUUGGUGAUGGUCAUGAGGUGGAACCAUCCAGUCGAGACAUCCUUCUUAGGUUGCGCAGUGGAGGUCUACAAAGAAUAUUAGAAUUUUGUCCGUCAUAUGAACCACUUUAUUAUGUAUUACUAUUCUCAAGAGGCGACGAUGGUUGGUAUUUUGACAUACCUCUCAUAGGUGCUAAGAAAAGAGAUAAAGCUGCAAAUUAG